CGCCGGGGCUGCUAUUGGGCCCUGCUGACUUUCACGAUGAUUUAUGGUCAAUCCGGUGAAGAUCAAAAGUGCCGCAGACUCUUCUCUCCUCAGCGUCUCCAUCAUCUAAAUACAGCACCCGUUUCUCGGCUUAGAUAUGGGCGUAUAUAAGUGAGGUGUGGCCAGACACGUGACGCGUACCAUGAGCGGAGGUCAGUCACAGGACAGCUUGGAGGAGAGACUAAAAAUUAGGCUCUCUCCGCUCGAUAUUGAUGUUUGGAAUGCAGCGCUGAAACCUUCCACGACGGCCACGACCAUUCCGAGAGCGGGAACAGACGCGCGGGACCCCUCCUCAACCUCCAUCCACGCCUCACCCUCGAGCCUCACGACCAGAAGUGUGUCCUCAGACCAACAGGCGCAGAAUUCUGCACUCUCUCCCCGUCUGCUGAGCGGUGGCAGAUUGGCCACCGAUUCGAAAGCACACCACCGACAAACCAGCAUCGUCCAUGGCAUACAGCAUUCUAGGAAUGGGAGCUUUGCUUCUUCGACAAGCCCGCUGAGCCCGCAGAUAAUCGCCGCGGCCGGAGGAGAGAGGCCUGAUGCAUCCAAUAUGGGCGAUUCUUCCUUUGGGUCCAUGAGUGGCUCGUCCUUCAGUUCGAAUGCGACCUUAAUACCGGAUCGCCCGUCAACUUCCACGGACAACGGCAACCAUAAUUUGACAGCCAGGAAGGUGGAAAGGAUGCAUAGUGGUAGUAGGACUAGCAGAGAUCAUCGACACCGCCCUUCCCAUUCUUCGAGGCACCACAAAGAAGAACUCAAAACUGUUGGCGAAUAUGCUUUGCAUGUGCUGUUUACAUCAUUCAUUGCCCAAGCCGAAGAAAAAGUCAGCCAAUGCAUCACCGUACCCCUUGAUCCUGAACCCCAAAUACAACAAAUAUGUGGACCCGGCGUAGACCCAACCUUCGAUCAAUUGAUCUCGGCACUCGGUCAUAUUGCGAGUCAAAAGCCCAGGCCUUUGAUUGAUUCAAUGAUGUUAUGGAGGAAGAACAAAAGUGAUGCCGCAAAUGAAGCUCGAAGUCAACUUCAACAGUCCCGGAGCAAUAUUGUGCCAGGUCAAAUGCUUCGACGAAAUACCGAACCUCUCCAUAUGCAUACCGAUGAUAUUGCAACUGCCAAUAGUCCAUCUACACUUGCAACCCGCCAGGAGUUUGUUGCCCAAGCCGAGCGUCGUUCCACAGCUUCGAUAUACAUACUUUGCCGAGUAUUGAUGGAAGUUAUUGGACAAAGUACUUUGCAAUGUAUUACACCGGAAAUGGAGGAGAAGCUGGAGGUCAUCAUCUUCGGGCAAUUAAAGAUAUUCGACGGAGACCAACUGAACAACUCCCCUUUAAAGAUCGCCAAUUGGUUUUUAUUCAGCCAGUUGCUAGGUGUUAUGAGCGAAAUCAAUUUCGAGAGCGUCACGGAUAGGUUUAUUGCAGACCUUGAGAAUUCUCAGAAAGAACUUGUGUCGAAGGGUCCUGCGAAUCGCGAUAUUGAAGGGAAAAUGGAGCUCGUGCUUGGGGGAAUGAAACAUCUACGGCUCAAGAUAUAUCCUGAGGAUGCGUGGGACCAAUCUUGCGAUUUUAUGAUCUCUCUUGGCCGUUUCUUCGCUCAAUCACACGGUCACCGCCUUAAGUAUGCUUACUGCCAGGCCUUGGAGAUCCUGCUGCUUCCUGUCGCUGCCAAGGCAAAUACAGAGCUUAACAUGCCAAAAUGGACCGAAGUUCUCGGGACAAUCGGACCUCGACUUGCUUUAAUGUUUGUCAAACCUCGCCAUUGGCCCGUAGCCUUCCCGUUAACCGCCACUUUACUUUGUGCUUCUCCGGUCGAAACCUUCUCUACCCAAUGGCUUCAACUUGUACUCCCUCUUCAACCGAAGUUCAAGGACCGCUUAGCAAGACCAAUAUGUUUGCAGGUAAUCUCAAGACUACUAUGGACAUAUUUAUAUCGGACCACCGAUACUCUGAACUCCACUAUCAAGAAACUCGAAGAAGUCAUCAAACUUGUUCUGCCACCAGGGAGGAGAACAUAUCUCUCCACAGAUCCAUCCAUUGCUGAACCUUUGAUACAAAUAAUACGUAUCAUUGGCUUCAAGCAUCAAGACUUUUGUUUCCGGACCAUUGUCUUUCCACUAAUAAAUGCUGAUCUGUUUGCAUCUCCCAGGGACCUGAAAGUGGAGCAACUGGAACCUGAGAAGAUGGUCAUCGGGAUCAGAGCUUUUUUGGCUAUAAUGUCGGAUCUUGAGAAGGGAGACCAGGGACGGCCACCGUUCCCGCAGCACUACCAAUCAUUGCCAUUUUAUGACAGACUGCCAACAUCUCCUAUAAUGACUGCUCCUCGCAGCCCAAUACUUCCGCCACCUGUCGCACGAAGCCAAGAGGAUCGAUUGUCUCGUCCAGUCCUCACGAAUGCCCUAGGAGAUGUAGCCAAAGAAUACUAUUCGAAGUUCUGUGAAAUAUUGGGAAAGAUCACUAUCAUUUGUGACAACACUUUUGGGGGUCAGGCGGUGCUGGAUGAGAAGUUCAACAGUCCCACGCCCAAGACACCUUUAUCUGAGAGCUUCAAUUUCGCCCGUCGAGACGAUCACCAGAGUCCAUCGGAUCAAAAACAAGGAUUUUACGAGCUUCUGCAUGUUGCAGUACAGGCUCUGCCUCGCUGUUUGUCGGCUGACAUUCCUUUCAAUUCGUUGGUAAAUCUGCUCUGCACAGGCACAGCUCACGUACAGUACAAUAUUGCUGAAUCUUCUGCACAAUCACUGAAAUCUAUUGCGAGACAAUCUCAUGCUCAGCAAGUCACGAUUGGGUUUGCUCGAUUUAUCUUCAAUUUUGACGACAGAUAUUCCACGAUGUCGGAUGGCGGUAUGCUUGGCCCUGGGCACAUUGAGAGCACGCUCAAGUUAUACGUCGAGCUGCUACAGAUCUGGAUUGAGGAAAUUAAACACAAGACGAAAGAAGCUGCCGCCGAUGUGUCAGAAGAUGGAAGUGCUGAUAAACGUGGUGUGCAACUGGAUCUCUCUGGAAUUUGGGCUCACGUCGAUGAAGUCGAGUCUCAUGGUCUAUUCUUCCUAUGUUCGCAAUCAAGGAGGGUUCGAGCCUUUGCUGUAACGGUUCUUCGACUCAUCACGGAAUUCGACACGGCCCUAGGCAAAGACAAUAGCCGGCUCAUCCACAUUCUUGAGGGCGACUCGAUGCGAGUGAUGGACUUCAACGAUGAGCACUUAUCCGUUGCAGAACGCAGCAGGUUGCAAAGAGGAAUGAAAAAGAGCAACUCACAGAGUGCACUAAUCGAAUUGUGUAGCAGUGAAGUGUCUUACGAUGCAACACUGUGGUUCAAGAUCUUCCCCAACUUGAUUCGAAUCAGCUACGACCGAUGCCCAUUUGCAGUCACACUUGGAAGAGAGUUGAUAUGUAAUCGUAUUCUGCAGAUGUACAAAGGCAUCGUCGCGUUAUCGGAAGCAACCAGAGGGCCGGCGUAUGGUUCGUUUGACCGUUUUGAGACUGGCAGUGGCCGGAUGCUAUCCAGGUCUUCCACCACUCCCCCAGAAGUGUUGAUUGAGCAGUGGAAAUUAUAUCUAAUUGUGGCAUGCACAACUCUAUCCGACAAAGGAGGCCAGCAACAGACCUCACCACAAGUAGCUCAGCAUCUUCGAAAAGGAUCCAAGCCAAGUCAACCUCAAGAAAAGAUCACCUCUGCACGUUCGCUAUUCAAAUACAUCAUCCCUCUUCUUUCCGUUGGGCCUGCCUCGAUACGGGAUGCAGUCGUUACGGCACUCGGAUCAAUCAAUGUCAAUAUAUACAAGACUCUACUAGAAGAGCUCCAGGGGGCCGUUAGCCGCUGCAAUGAUGACGCCAGGGCUCGCAUCCAUCAGAGAACCGCAAGCAGCCCCAGACGGAACCGUAGGACCGACUUGCUGCGAACGGAGAUCACCCAUGUCUACAGACUAACCUCGCCUUUCCUGAAAGAUGAAAACAUCAACCAGGACGAUUGGAUCUUGAACAACCUAGUGGUCUACACAAAAGACCUGAAACUAUUCCUCAUGGAUGGAGAAGUUCAGAUGGACUGGGAAUUUCAAAAGCUCCGCAAGCACUAUUGUGGAUUAAUGGAAGAGCUGUUUGAGGGGAUUAACAGAACGAAAGAUCCUUCGCGAUGGAUGACUUUCGAAUCCAGGAAGUCGUCAUUUGCUCUCAUGGAAGACUGGUGUGGGUACUCACCCAAUCAGACACAAAUACGCCAACGAGAGGACAGUAUGCGGCAAUCGAUGAUUGACCAGCAGACACUUGGUGAGAGAGGAACUGUGACUGCGGCUAUGGAAAUUGAGAAGAGGAAUCUCCGGACUGCUGCUCUUAGUGCAAUGGCGGCCCUCUGUGGUGGCCCAAUCAGCAUUACCACGGAAAGCAGAGCAAAUCUUCAAUUCGACAUUAGACGAAUGCUCUCUUGGAUAGACACAAUCUUCAAUUCUGGAAGCGACCGCAUGCACGUCAUUGGUAGAAGAGCACUCAAGAAUCUCAUUGUGCACAACAAAGAUUUCCCAUAUCUUCUUGAGCAUUCGAUCACAAGAUGCUACCUUGCCGAGGUGCCAAAAGUCAUGGAAAGUUAUUUUGAAGUGGUCACCCAAGUCCUUCUCGAACAUCCAGAUUACCCCAUGCCUUUCUGGAGAUUGCUGGGCAUUGGCCUCUACACCCUUGGCAGCGAGUUGAGCGGGAUCCGUUCGAAGUCAGCCCAUGUAUUGCGAGCACUCGAAGAACGACAGCAGAGAAGCUCCAAGAUUCAAGAUUAUGACAUUAGUAUCUCCGAUAAGACGAAGGCUGUAUACAAGCUUGCACAAUUCGAGAUUUCGAAGCGCCUCUCGCAAACACAUUCGGAAUUGGCUUUUCUCAUCUUUUCUGAGUUUACAGCCUAUUUCAAGGACCUUCAGUCAAAUUCCCAACGGAACAUGGUUGCUGCUAUAUUGCCUUGGAUUCAGAUCAUCGAGCUGCAACUUGAUCCGAAUGGUGGACCAACAGCUCAGUCCUAUGUACUACUCGCCAAUCUUUUCGAGAUCACGAUCAAGUCUAGCAGUGCUUUGCAUAACGAAGUUCAGGCUUUAUGGCAAGCUCUUGCGACUGGCCCACACGCUGGAAAUGUUCAACUUGUCCUAGACUUCAUCAUGUCGCUGUGCCUUGAUCGCCGCGAACAAAACUUUGUCGAAUACGCAAAGCAGAUUGUCGUCUUCCUUUCCAGCACUCCUGCAGGUGUCAAAGUCGUCGAGUUCCUGCUGAUGCAGAUCACACCUAAAGCCAUGAUACCGAAUGAGAAACGCGAACUUAUCCCACCACCUCCGGAUACUGUCAAAAUGCCCUAUCUUGCUGAUCUGUCAGAAGCAUUGCCUAUUGGAGCCAAGCAGGCCGGGUUCUCCCUCGGGCAAUUGUCUCUGAUCCUGUUGGUGGAUUUGAUGGUAUCUCCUGUCCAGCUCGUGGCCGAAAAUGUGCCGCUGUUACUUCAAGUGGUUACUGUUCUAUGGGAUCAUUACAUUCCACUCGUCCAGGAGCAAGCCCGUGAAAUGCUUAUUCAUAUGAUUCAUGAGUUGGUCAUAUCCAAGAUUGAUGAUAAAGAGCCAUUGCCAAUGAAGAAGUCUAUUGAAGAUUUCAUUGAGUCUGUCCGCCGACAUGAUACAAAUGUCGUCUGGGCAUACGAAGACUACAAUGGAAAAGUUGACGAUCAGGAUAACAAAGUGCCACCAGGAAUGGAAAUUCUCACCACCGAGGUCGUCAAGAAUUUUGAGAUCACAUACCCUGGAAUUCAGGAGCAGUGGGCUAAGCUUUCCUUGACUUGGGCAACUUCUUGCCCGGUGAGGCAUCUUGCUUGUCGAUCGUUCCAGAUCUUCCGAUGCAUCCUGACUUCACUGGAUCAGCCUAUGCUUGCCGAUAUGUUGGCAAGAUUAUCCAACACAAUCGCUGAUGAGGAUUCGGACGUGCAGACGUUCUCUAUGGAGAUUUUGACAACUCUCAAGACCUUGAUAUGCAAACUGGAGCCUGCGGAUCUCAUCACAUUUCCACAACUGUUUUGGACAACAUGUGCUUGCUUGGAUACCAUCAACGAGCGGGAGUUCCUAGAAGCACUUGGGAUGCUGGAAGAACUUUUGCUAAAGCUCGACUUGAGUGAUCCCAAAGUGAGAAUGCUUCUAGCUGACGGCCGACCGCCAAGAUGGGAAGGCCUUUUUGAAGGACUUCAACCCUUAAUCCACAAAGGAGUACGCUCUUCUGUGUGCCUAGAGUUGACUUUGAAGAUCAUGGACCGACUUGUUCAGCUCCCAAAUGAUGAUUUAAUUGGAGAUGACAGCCGACUACUGUUUGCCGUUCUCGCCAACUUUCCAAGGUUCCUCCAUGCCAUGGACCAAAACAAAAUUGACCCAGAGAGCAUAAAGAGCGCAGAAAUUCUUGCUCAAAUUGCUGAACUGCAAGGCUGUAGCACGAUUUCUCGAGCACUGAUUGGAUUUGCGGCCGGACGGUACCGUGCAAGCAAAGAUUUCCUUGCCCAGCUGGUAUCUGCCAUUCGCGAGAACUUCUUCCCUGAAUGGGACUUUGGAAGUCUGACGUUUCUUAUGGGUCUUCUGACGAAUAGCGUGCCAUGGUUCAAGGUGAAAACCAUGCGCAUACUUUGUGCUGUCAUUCCAGAUAUUGACAUGCGGAAGCCUGAGAUUGCUUCACAUGGUCCUGACUUGAUUUCGCCGCUGCUGAGGUUGCUGCAGACAGAGUUUUGCAUGCAAGCGUUAGAAGUGCUGGAUCACAUCAUGACCAUGACUGGCACUUCGAUGGACAAGCACCAUUUGCGUAUGAGCAUGACCAGAUCAUCAUCAAAGACAAUCCGUAAGGAAUAUGAGCGAACCCAGAGCUUGUUCGGUAUUCCAGAGGAGUCAGGAUGGUCCAUUCCCGUUCCUGCCAAGCACGCAGAGACAACUCGCUCGAAUGUCCAUGCAGCUUUCUACAUGUGCCAAAGCGCCGAGAAUAUGGAUCCCGAGACCGCCCCAACACCCGAAGUCGAAUUCCACAUCGACGAUUUCCAAUACGGCUACUUCCCUGCUCCAGAAAGAACCGAAACGAUGAUGUCCGACGAAGCCCGCGGGGACGGCAACAUUGGCGACCUAGUUAUGAAGCUCGAUAGCCUUGAUGACUUCUUCGAGGACAGCUUGCAGAGCCCAACUUCGGAUGGACGAUCCUCUCGCACUAUCACCGAAGCAGGGUUCUCAGGCGAAGGCUUCGAGUCCGGUGCACAGCUGUACGACGAGCAGACUCUACCUAUCCUCCAUCAAUCGCUUGCGCGAACGGCAAGCACUGCCUCAUUCCAGAAUGGCUUCGCGGAUAUGAGACCUGCGAACAGUAGAGCGAAUAGCAGAGAUGGACCGGCUCUUAAUGCCAUGAAUCCAGGCGCAUUCCAACUUCCUCCUACCUCAAACCCAAGGCCGUCGCUGCAUUCCCGCUCCGUAACUUCCCCGUCUGCACCUGCUUCCUUCCAGAGUAAUGUCACGACGUACAUGUCCGAUGAAGAUUACAUCGAGGAAGUCUUCUCUGAUGCAGAUGAAGAGCGAGCUGCUGGCAAUGGGCCGGGCGAAGGCAGUUUCUUCCUGGAGAAUAUGAUUAAACCUCUAGCUCAAGGUACUCGAUCAGGGAUGCGACGGUUGACUGGUGGGAGAAGUAGAGAUGGCGAGAGAUUCAGGGAUGGACUGAGAGGUGAGAGGAGGGGUCUCAGCCAGCCGCCUAAGAGCCCGAGGGUGCCGAAGGUGCCAAGUGCGUAUUUGACGAUGAAGAGUAGUGGGAUGAGCCCAGGGGAGGGGGUGUAGGAUAUAAUAUGACGAGAUGAAGUAGUUGACUUUUAUGUGGGAGGUGGAGAUAAUCUAAUGGACUUGAGCGAGUUUCUUAAGAUUUAGUUUGUUGGGAUGAGAUAGAGAUUGAUUGGGUUGGGUUGGAUGGCGUCGAAAAGAUGGAAUGAAUAUAUAAAUAUAUUGCAAAUGCCUUAGCGUUAUCCGAGUUAUUGAACUGGGAUCGAUUUAUCGGUGGAAAAUCGAUAUAUUGGAGAUUGACAAUCUGUAGAAUGACUAGUUUUGACUAGAUACAGGAGAG